CUCCCAUGAGGCAAAUGUUUCAAUUUCCUUUUUCGUUUCUCAUGAUGAUUUAAAUUUUGAUUUCCUGCUUCACCGCCCUGAUAUACCAAUCACGACUGGGCUCAUACUUUAUCCCAUGCCGUCAUGGCUGUCCUGACAUUCACCCUCAGUGAGGAGGGUGUCACGGCGUUUCGAGAUGCUCUCAUCUGCCUCAGCAAAUUCAGCGAAGAUGUCUCCAUCGAAGCGCGAAAGGAUUCUUUUUUCCUCUCCACAAUGAACACAUCCAAAUCAGCCUAUGCAAGCUUCCGAUUUGCGACCAACCGCUUCUUUGGACGCUACCACUAUCAAGGCACAGGGCAGUUUCAGGAGAAAUUCUUCUGCUCCAUGUACAUAAGAGGCUUGACCUCGCUCUUCCGCAGCAGAUCUGGGGUGGAAUCACGAGGCGACGUGGACAAACAGUCCAUCAUAGACCGGUGCGAUGUCGCCAUUGAAGAUGGCGAGGGCGUUAAGAGCCGCUUCAUUGCCCGAAUCAUCUUUCGAAAUGGACUGACAGCAACACACCGACUUCCAUUUGAAGUCAGCAUGCCCGUACACGCCAAGUUCAACAAGCAGGAGGCUCUCUACCACUGGAGCAUCUCAUCAAGAACCUUGAAGCAGUUGGUGGACCACUUUGGGCCUGGAACCGAGUACCUGGACAUCAACACAGAUGGCGAUCAUGUCAAUUUCACAUGCUUUAGCGAGAAGACCAUCAGCGACGAUGCGGUUCUUAAGAAACCUCUGCAUACCUCCAUUGCUGUUGAAACAGACGAGUUUGACGAUAUUGACGUGGAAGAUAAGCUUCAAAUCGUCGUCUCCAUCAAAGACGUUCGCGCAAUCACUCAGCACGCAGCCAUCACCGGUAACGCGAUUGCCGCCCGAUAUUCCCUUCCCGCACGGCCUAUGCAGUUUUCCUACGCCAGCGAUGCCAUCUCGUGCGAGUUUCUCAUCAUGACAGUAGGAGAGCGAGGAGGGAACCCAGCACAGAGGACUAAAAAGGUCCGCAAAGGAGCGGCGAAUAAGGGCCACAACAGCAUUAGCAAGGCCAUGCCGCAUUUAGAAGAGACUUCUCGCCGCACAAGCGCAACACCUUCACAAACCACGGCUGACGUUCAACGGCAACAAGCCGCAUCACCUUCGAUGCAGCCGCCGUCAUCAUCUCGGCAGCCACCGAACCCGACUCCGCGACUGAGUGCUGCUAGAGCCAGUGCUUCGCGCAUUGGAGCAUUCGAUUUCCGACCAUCGCAGAGGCCGCCGCCGCCAACGCUCAGGUCCGAAAGCCUUUUUGUCGAAGACGAGGCGUGGGAGCCCGUAAGAGAUGAUGAUGAAGAUGCCGAUGAGGAUGCCAGAUUAGAAUGGGACCAUAGUGCCGAUCCUGUAAGCUAA